UCCUUCCUGCCGUCGCCGCCGCCGGGGCCAUGGCGACCUGCUUCUGGUGGCGUAGCUGCGGCGCACCGCACGUUCGGCUGGUGCUUCACGACCGCGGCCUCUGCCGGGUCGCGGGCAGCUGGGCGCCCGGGCGGGCCCCGCUCCGUACCUACGUCCCUGGCCGGGGCGGCCUCCCCACGACGUUGCUGCGCACCAACAGCUUCGUGGGCGGCCGCUGGAUCCCGGCUGCCGCCGCUUUCCCGGUGCUCGAUCCGGCUAGCGGCGCCGAACUGGGCCGGGUGGCUGACUGCGGGGCACCCGAGGCCCGCGCGGCGGUGUGCGCUGCCUACGAGGCUUUCUGCAACUGGAGGGGCGUCUCGGCCAAGGAAAGGAGUUCAUUACUUCGGAAAUGGUAUGAUUUAAUGAUUCGAAAUAAGGAUGACCUUGCCAAGAUAAUUACCGCUGAAAGUGGAAAGCCACUGAAGGAGGCACAGGGAGAAAUUAUGUAUUCCGCCCUUUUCCUGGAGUGGUUUUCAGAGGAAGCCCGCCGCAUUUAUGGAGACAUUAUCUAUACCCCCGCAAAGGAAAAGCGGGCCCUGGUCCUUAAGCAGCCGCUUGGUGUGGCCGUAGUCAUCACCCCGUGGAAUUUCCCCAGCGCCAUGAUCACCCGCAAGGUGGGGGCUGCCCUGGCAGCCGGCUGCACCGUCGUGGUGAAACCUGCCGAAGACACACCCUUCUCAGCCCUUGCCCUGGCCGAGAUACUGUUGCACCAUGCAGCCAACUCUGUGAAAAGAGUCUCCAUGGAGCUGGGUGGCCAUGCCCCAUUCAUUGUAUUUGACAGUGCCAAUGUUGACCAGGCAGUGGCAGGGGCCAUGGCAUCUAAAUUUAGGAACUCUGGACAGACUUGUGUUUGCUCAAACCGUUUCUUGGUGCAAAAGGGUAUCCAUGAUUCCUUUGUGAAAAAAUUUGCGGAGGCAAUUAAAACGAAUCUGCAUGUGGGUGAUGGAUUUGAGGAGAGAACUACUCAAGGCCCAUUAAUUAACGAAAAAGCAGUAGAAAAGGUAGAGAAACACGUGAGUGACGCACUUUCCAAAGGGGCCACAGUUGUGACAGGCGGAAAGCGGCAUCAACUUGGAAAAAAUUUCUUUGAGCCUACCCUGCUCAGCAAUGUCACCCAGGAUAUGCUCUGCUCUCAUGAGGAGACUUUUGGGCCUCUGGCACCAGUUAUCAAGUUCGACUCAGAGGAGGAGGCUGUGGCGAUUGCUAAUGCGACUGACGUUGGAUUAGCAGGUUAUUUUUACUCUCAAGACCCGGCCCAGAUCUGGCGGGUGGCAGAACAGUUGGAAGUUGGCAUGGUGGGCGUGAACGAAGGACUGAUCUCCUCUGUGGAGUGCCCAUUUGGAGGGGUGAAGCAGUCUGGCCUUGGGCGAGAGGGCUCCAAAUAUGGCAUUGAUGAAUAUCUGGAGCUCAAAUAUGUGUGUUUUGGAGGCUUAUAGGAUUUUUAGUUCUUUAAAAUAUAAAAAGGAAGCUUACCUACAUAUAUGGGGACAUGCCAUCCAUUUUUUUUUUAAAUAAACCAAUAGGAUAUCUGAAUUAUUAAUCUUUUAAAGCUCAUCCAGCCCUCCUAAUCUUAAGCAGAUGUGACUCCUACCCUGCCCCUUACCUAACAAGGGACCUGUAGGUGCCAUGGUACUGUGGCCGCUGACUCCCCAGGAACCAGACAGCACCAUCUACCGCAGAGCAAAGUGCAGUGGGAGGCAGACUGGCCCCAGUGGCCCCAUCACAAAGGCUCAUGCCUGCCUGGGCAUUGACUCAGCAUCUCUCACCUGGCCGUGGCACUUAGACCGAAAGGAGGGGACCUCCCUGCAGAGGAGAACCUUGAGUAUGACCGACAGGCUGGUCAGAGGGGCACAGCACUGAAGACACUUGCUAAGUAAUUGGAGGUUGCUGUAGAGGCUGAAUUAAUCAUUUUUAAGACUUCUGAAAUAGCACAGAAUUGCCUGUGCUUCAGUGAGGAAAGAAGGCGCACCUCUCCCUGGUUCUGGACCAGUUUUUAAAAUUGAAGUCUUCAUUGUCCUAAAUUUACUGCUUAAAGAUCAUAUUUUCAUUUCUGUCCUGUUUUCCAUUUCAUUUUGUUUCCUUUAGGAAAAGAGCCUAAGUGUAAAGCUAACAGCAGAACAGCUUGGUUGAGUGGAAGGCAAACACAUAAUAGCUUGGCCUGGUUCCUUCACUGAGCAGUAGCUUUGUCCCAUGGACAGGCCGGUCAACAAUUCCAUCCCCCAAGUAGAGUGGGGGUUCUGUAUAUUCCUUACUUAGCUCAAUGGGGUAUCGUGAGCCUAAGAGAAAGUGAAAAUGUUUGCAAAAAAAAUGCCGAUCUGAUGGUAAUACAGGAGCCGCUAAUGUCAGUCUUAUUAUUAUGAGCAGUAUCGCUCCCCUUGGGCAGCCGGCAGGGGCUUGACCAAGACGGCAGUGCCCAACUGUGUGCUCCCUUGAGCCUGAGUGUGGUUGUCACCGGUAGCCUGCUCACUCUGUCCUCAGGAGGUGCUGCUCCUUCCCCUCCAGAAGAGCCAAAGCACUUUCACCACAAUAAUCACAAAAGGAAGAAUUUUCACAAUUGCCGAUCGAUCUUAUGGGGAAGGCAUGAGGCCUUGAAUUUCAGGCACCUUUUAUCCAGUAAGAGUUUCCACAGUUCAUCAUUUAAAAACAAAACACCCUAUGACUGGUAUUUCCUGUCAUUCUAAAAGAAAAACUGAUUAAGAAAAUUCUAGGCUUAUCUGGGUAUAUCUCCCAUCCACCGAUACACUGAGGAAAAGGAAUAAGGGCUGUUCCUGGUGGAAUGAAGCUCCUUCCUUUCCCACUCUGUGUGCAGAAACCACUGAUAGUCCGUGGAUAUUCCGGUGGUGGAUAUUCCCGGUGGUGGAUAUUCCCAGUCAUGGAAGGAAAGCGUGAAUGAAAUCAGUGCUGGAGGCAAUUGCUCCUGAACUCACCCAGCACUUAGCAUUCCUCACUGAGCCCAGGGAAGUGACCAUAGCCAGUCCUGGAACUCCUUGUAUUUGGCCUGGAUGACACCGGCCGUGUCCCUAGGGCCCAAAGAAGGAAAGCGCUGAAACUUGCCUCCUGGUGACAUACAUUGCCCAGGCCCUGUCAAGAAUCAUACAUGCAGCACACUGACAGUUAAUUCCUACUUUGUAGUUUUCAGGUUGUUUUAUACAACAUUCUAAUUGCUUAAUAUUUGGGUGUUUUCUAUUAGCAGUAAAAAUGCCCUGUUAUUUUUUAGAUGUCUAGAAUACUGAUGCUUGGAGAAGUUGGAGGAAUAUAUUCAAAUAAAUGUGUAACUUUGUCAGCCAGUGGAUUCCUUGGCUAGGUGGCAGACUUUGAGUUUUCCUGUAUAUUUGGCUCACCAGGUACAUAAAUCAGGGCCAGAGACUCACUGUAAUAUAUUUGAUUAAUUUUUUAAUUAAAAUAAUUCAAAAGGAAAUUGCUUACUAUGUAGUAAAAUUGUUCUGGAUUGUGGGAAGAGAAGUGUUUUUAAAUGAACAUUUUUUUGGUUAUUUUUCAGUAAGGUACCAUAUGUGAUGGAUGGGACAUAUAAAAAUAUAUAUGUAUUACAACAUGAAGUAGAAAAGGACUGUUAUUAGCCCAUGGGUUGGCAAAUCUGGCCUGCCCUGUUUUUUUUUGUGCUAUAUUUUUUGGGAUAAAACUUGGGAAUAAGUGUAGUGGGAAGUGUGUUUUGUUUUUUAAAUGUGCACAUACCAUUUUUCUAGGUUUUGAUAAUUGUGUAGAUGUGUAAGUGUCUUGUCAGCAGAGUUGUGUGUGUAAUUAAUAAAUGUUGAAUUAACACAAUUUCCUAUUUCUGUGAUGAAGUUUCUGCUGGCAGUUUUUUUCUUGCCAGGUCAUCAUUUGAGUUUGUAUUGGAUAUUAUUAGACUAGUUCAGAUAUGUAUGAAGGGUAGCAGAAUAUGCAACCCCAAAAUAUGCCACAUUGGCAUAAAGGAUUAUUGUGAGCUGAAGGCAACAGAGAAGAAGGAAAUACAAGAAAAGCUCUCUGCCCUCCCCCUAUUUGCCUAAAAGCAGGAUGUAAGUUUACAAAGGUGCCCCUCCUCUGCCCUCCACCAUGAAGGACAAAGGUUAAUCCCCAGAGACAACACUGUACCCUGGAGAGGGCACCAGAGGAAUCUAUGUAACAAAUUUCACUAACUAGGCCUUUUUCACUAACUAGGCCUUUAAAAGCCUACAACUGCUUUCCUCUGUCCUGUCAUUUCUCCACAAAUAUAUUGAUCUUUCUUGAAGAAGUUAUGUAAGCCAGAGUUGUAAGCCACCUCUUUUUUAAAAGUUUUUAUUUUUCAAUUACAGUUGACAUACAAUAUGUUAGUUUCAGGUGUACAACG